AGCAAUAAAUCCUAGCAAAUUUUGUUUGGGUUCAUUUGUUGUUGUUUUUACUCUAGAUUUGAACCUAAUGAAAGCUGCAGCAGAUAUCCUUCCUGAGGACGUCCAGAAGCUCUUUGGAGAAGUUGAAGAUUAUCUGGAAAACCUACAGAGUGAGAGCCUUAGUGCUAGAGCACGGAUACAGAGAGAUGAAAUCCUAUUUGAUAUUGAACAACUUAAAGAGAGGUAUCAGUGGGGAUUCCUACCGGGAGAUGAGAACAAUAUACAGAAGGCUACUGAAGAUCAAGGAAUCGUUUUAAAACAAGGCUAUUUGGAAAAGAGAGCUAAAGACUCCAAAAUCUUUGGUUCUGAGUGGCAAGGAGAUGGUGUGUUCUUGACAAUACAGCUUUCUACUAUUAUGCAAAUGAAAAAAGCAAACAACCAAAAGGCAUGUUUGCUAUUGAGCACUAUCAUGCUCAGUUGGCUCCCUAUCUGCGCAAGGAUUCCCGAAGAGAUUGCUGCUUUGAGCUGAUUUCUCCUGGUAAACGAACCU